AUGGAAUUUCAAUAAUAACAAUUUGAUGUUGAAUUUGUUCAUGGCAAAAGAAAUCUAAAUAGCAUUGAAUACUAUAUUAAAUGGGUUGGAUAUUCUAAAGCAGAAUCCACUUGGGAACCAGAAACUGCCUUUGAAGGAAUUUCGAAUUAAUUGAUUACAAGAUUUGAAAGAUGCCAAAAUUAUAAAAAUUAUCAUACCAAAAUUUAUAAAGCAAAUACUCAUAUCAAAAUUAGGGUCCAUAUUAUGCAAAAAGGAUGUUAAGUAUAUAAGAAAUAUACAUCUGAAAAUAAAUAUGCUCUAUUAGCUUAAAUCAAUAAAACAGAAUUUAAUGGACAAAAUAACAAAACAUAAUAUGAACCAAACAAUUAUAAAAAUUAUGAAAGUAUGUCAAUUCAAAAACAUUUUAUAGAUAGAAAUGAUGAUAAAGAAGAUUAUGACUUUUAUAUAAGAAGAGGCAGAGGUAGACCAAGAAAGAGUGAAACUGACAGAGAAUUCCUUUCUUAUAAAAAUGACUAUAAAAUAGAAGCACAAAAAUAUUAACAUAAGCAGUAUCCUUUACAAACAACUGAAAGCAGCUUUAAAUAUGGGCAUUAUAAAACUGAAAAAGAAUUUAUUUAAGAAAUCUUAAUGGUUAUUAAAAAGAAAGAAUAAAAGAAAAAAAGAGAAGAGGAAGUCAUUAUUUAUAAACCAUAAGCUAGUUUACCUCCUGGUUAUAAAUGUCAAUUUACUGAUUUACCAAAGUUUAAUCUCCUUAAUCAAAAAUAUUAUGAUAAGAAUUCUAAAUGCUAGGUAAGUGAUGGUAAAAUUCCAUUAGAAUGUAUUAUUUCUCAUCAUCUUAUGCAAAAUAAGCUACUUGUAUUUAAAUGCAAAGACAAUGAUGAAUAAGUUUGCUAUUUUGAUUUUGAUACUCUAAAAUCUUAUUAUCCUACACUACUCCUUGAUUACUUAUUCAUAUCCUCGAUUUGGAAAAAAUGA